AUGGAUUCUAAGAAUACUGAUCAAGUGAGAAUCGAUCAAUCUCGCUGGGUUAUUUCAAUUAGGGAUGGCCUCCUUAUAGAUCAUGAAAAAGAAGAGGAAAAGGAGUUCUGCAUAGCGGUGUUCAGUGUGCCAAAGGAGUUAUUGGCAGUGAAGCCAGAAGCAUACAUUCCACAGUGCGUCUCCAUCGGGCCAUAUCACCAGUGGAGAUCCGAACUGUACGAAACAGAGAGAUACAAAGUGGCUGCGGCUCGUAGAUUUCAGCAGAGAAUUGAAGGUUUCAAGUUCGAAUCUGUAGUCGAAGAAUUGAAGAAGCACGAGUGGCAAAUACGGUGCUGCUACCACAAAUACCUCGACUACAGCGAGGAAGCCCUGGCAUGGCUCAUGGCUUUGGAUGCCUCGUUUGUGCUUCAGUGCUUGCAGUUCUACGUCAAACAGGCGGAUCAGGCUUCCAAGGAAGUGGCAUCCGAAGUGAAGCAACUGGGCAGAGUGUUAGAUCCAUCUGGGAGGAGCGCUACCCAUAAUGCAAUUAUGCGAGAUUUGAUGAUGCUGGAGAAUCAGGUACCGUUGUUCCUCUUGCAGAAGUUGUUGGAGAUGCAGUUAGGUUCUAUUGACCAGGCAGAAGAGAGGCUCUGCAACUUGGUCGUUGCUGCGUGUGAAGAAUUGUCGCCCUUCAUGUACAAGAUGCCGGAUAGUUCACGGUUGCGUGUAAAAGAAAGGGGUCAUGUACUCGAAGUGCUCUAUUACUCCAUUGUCCCUACAGUAACCAUGGGCGAUGGCAAUAAAGAGAGCGAAGAGACUAAAAGGGAGUCGUUGCCGGAUACGAGCUUCGUAAGACAAGCUCUGAAUUCGGCAUGGACUGCUGUCUCCUCGUUAAACGUCCGUCCUGUUCGAAGUCUUACGGCACUGCUCAAACGUCUGUUCAAACUACUCAAAGGGAGGAUCCACAAGUUUGUGGUCAAGCUACCCAUGCGCCUUCUUUCUUCUCUAGGAAAUUUUAAAAUUCUGCGCGUUUUCAACCUGCUCUUAACUCUUCUCUUCGGAUCCGACAAAGCAGAGAAAGAGAAAGAUGGGGAAGGAGAUGCAAAAGGAGAAGCAGGAGAAGCAGGAGAAGGAGGAGGUUCGUCUCUGGAAAUUCCCCCUACACGGGACGAACUCAACGUUCCCUCUGUGGCCGACUUACAUUCAGCUGGGGUGAAAUUCCUUCCGACUGACGGAGACCUCACCACAAUACGCUUCGACACAACAACUGCCACUCUUUAUCUUCCCAAAGUGAGGCUGGAUAACAAUUCAGAAGUGGUUCUCAGAAAUCUGGUGGCGUUUGAAGCUUCGGCGGCGCCUGGUGCGUUGAUCUUCACUCGCUACACUGAUUUCAUGAACGGCAUCAUCGACACAGACGAAGAUGUUCGGUUGCUGAGGAAGAGCGGGAUUAUCUACAAUCGCCUGGCAAACGAUGGGAAAGUGGCAAGCCUGUGGAACGGCAUGGGUAAAUGUGUGAAGCUCACAAAAGUCGAGUAUUUAGACAAAGUAAUAGGGGAGGUGAACAAGCACUAUAACAGGAGAUGGAGCGUUGCGCUGAUGGAGUACGUGAACAAAUGCAUCUUUGGUUCAUGGCAGUUUCUUACUGUGGUGGCUGCGGGGAUUCUUUUGCUUCUCACCUGUUUGCAAGCUUUCUGCUCUGUGUAUGACUGUAAGCAGUGGUCGACGGAGACAAAUCUUCUGGAGGAUUAA